AUGCAGUUUCUGCCACCCAAUGAUCACAACAACACAAUAAGAACAGAUAAUAGUAUUCCAUGGCAUCUAACAAUGCAGAUCAGGUCGUCUUUGAUAAGGUUGCUGAAAUCAACGCAUCUAAAGAGUCUUGGAACAUACGGAAGUAGAAUUCAAGCAACAAUAAAAAAAAAUCUUAUUCCUGUAUUUGAAUCCCUAUUCGAUGAAGGAGCUGUCCGGGAGAUCAGUAACUUCGCUAUGGCUAGCAAUGAAAGCGAAUACAUGCUUGUCCCUCAUAAACAUAAAAUCAAUUUCUACAAAACCACAAAAGUUCGUGUAUCCAAUGAUUUUGUUGAUACAGUAGAUCCUUAUCAUUUUAUCUCUUUCCCAGAUUUGCUAGCCAGGAACUUUGACACUCGUGUUGCAUUUGGUGAAGUUGUGUCAACUGAUCCCAUGCGAGUCAUUGUUGAGUAUGGAAGAGAGAAAAGGUUAAUGAAUCUGGUUGCUCAGGAUUUAAGUCUUAAUGCUUUGGAUACGAAUGUUGAGUCUUCUAGCCGUACAUCCCAGCUCAACUCAGAUACUGAAGUUGGUUUAACCAUUAUCGCUACUAUCAUUGGUUUUGAUAUGGAUGAUGGUUGGUAUUCAUUUUAUUGCCGUGAUUGUUCUAAAAAGGUUACUAAAAAUGAUGAUGAUGUUGAUGCUGGCCCUUUUCACUGUGAUGGUUGUGGAUUUGUCUCGGAUGAUAGUAGUCGUGUGCAAGAUGAAAGUGGCUCUUCUUCGUUUGUAUUGUUUGAGCGUCAUGUAAAAGAUCUUAUUCAUCGUGGAAACCAAUGGUUGAUGGACAAAAUAGCUAAGGAUCAAGGGCGACAACAGAUACCUGAUGAGUUCAAAAUUCUUCUAAAUAAGAAGUUUGUCUUCAAAGUUCAGAUUUCCAUGUUCAAUCUGCAGAACAACUAUCGUGCUUACACUGUGCAUAAGUUAACCGAUGAUGAAAGGGUUCUUGCUGAGGUGACAAAACGGUCACCAAAUCAUCAACAUGAUAAUAUAAAUGAUAAUGGUACUCCUAUUAACAAGUCAAAUAAGGUUGCUGUAACACCAUCAUCGAGUACGGGGAAGCGCCCUAUUGAGAUUGAUGCCAACGCUGACUCUUUGGAGUGGUCUUCUUCAAAAACUGUGCUGUACGGGAUACCUUGA